UUGACAUUAGACCAGGUGUAAGGGAGCACUUCUCGUACAAGAGCAAUUUGAAUUAUCACACAUCAGCUAGAAUUCUAGAAUUUUGCGGAGUGAUCUUUGCCUAUUCUAAACUAUUCAUCGAAUAUGGCCAAUCAAUAUGCGGACAAGUUUGCAGAACUCAUCAACAAAAGCGUCGAUGAGCAGACUGAAUUUUUUUUAAGGUCUUUUAUUUUUGAACUUGGAGAUAACUGGGUCGAAAUUCCCCGGCUAGCUACCAACUUUAAAAACUAUAUCAAGACCCUCGGGACCGGCGGAAAUAUGCUUAACUAUACUCAAGUAUCUGAUUUUUUGCAAAAAGAGGGGCAGGCUCGUACCAGCUACCAACGCAAGGCCGAACUCGUUGACAUUGAUAUCGAUGCCAAUAACGUUCUCUCUAUAACAGAAAUUUUUCUGCUCCUCUACAAAAUCCUCAUUCUCAAAGCAUAUUACAAACGCACCGGCGAAACACCCAAGCACGACUUAUCUGGAAAUCCAACAGAAAUCACAUGCAUUGGCAACGAGUUGCUAGAUGAACUAUUUACCUUGCCUAUUGGCCUUGAUCCGGAGCUAGAAAAAGCAAUCUCUGAUUUCAUGCAACGCAAAAAAUCACGUGAAGACAAGAUUGGCCAGCUCGAGGAAGCUUCCCAGGCAGAGGAGGGUGUAAAGAGUCUUAGGGCAAAGAAUGAACUAGCUCAAUUGCUAGCAGAAGACACAACUUGGAUUAAUCGAGAAGAACUCACUCUUAAUGCUGCGCGUAAAAAAACUGCAAAGAACAGCGGUGAUGAGGCUUUGAAAGCAAAACGUCAAAAAGAAGAAGAAGAACUUAAGCAAAAACAAGAAGCUAGUAGAAACAAACUCAAAUCCAUGGCCUCUCGAUUUGAGCAAAAUUAAAAAUAUUGAAGGCAUUACUAUGCCGUACCGGCUGAGCGAGGCCAAAAAUAUAUCUUCAUAAAAAUACCCCCCUUUGUUAAAAAA